AGGCUGAUACCAAAGAUGGAAGCUCCUGAGCGUAUGAGCACUUGGAAAGAAGCUCCGCAUGCUCUCCAGCUGCUAGAAUGGGUGACUGUGUUUUUAAGCACUUUGACUCCAAAAUUCUACGUUGCACUUACAGGGACUUCAUCUCUUAUAUCUGGACUGAUAUUUAUAUUCGAAUGGUGGUACUUCCAAAAAUAUGGCACCUCUUUCAUUGAGCAGGUGUCUGUGAGCCAUUUGAGGCCACUCAUUGGAGGAGUAGAGAAUAGUCCUCCGGUGCCAGGUUUUUCAGCCAACAACGGAGAAAAUGAGACUAACAGGCAGAGUUUGUCAGAGUGCAAAGUAUGGAGAAACCCUCUUAAUCUUUUCAGAGGAGCAGAAUAUAGCAGGUACACAUGGGUGACUGGGAAGGAACCGCUUACAUACUACGACAUGAAUUUGUCUGCUCAGGAUCAUCAGACUUUUUUCACGUGUGACACAGACUCUCUUCGGCCUUCAGAUACAGUUAUGCAGAAGGCAUGGAGAGAGAGAAACCCUCAAGCCCGAAUCAAAGCAGCAUAUCAAGCUUUAGAAUUAGAUAAUGAUUGUGCCACUGCAUAUGUUCUCCUAGCUGAGGAAGAAGCAACAACUAUUAUACAUGCUGAGAAGUAUUUUAAGCAGGCACUAAAAGCAGGCGAAACAGUUUACAGAAAAUCUCAGCACUGCCAUCCCCAAAACUCUCAACAUGAAGCACAGCUUAGAAGAGACACCAAUGUAUUGGUUUACGUGAAAAGGAGACUAGCCAUGUGUGCAAGAAAACUUGGAAGAAUAAAAGAAGCAGUAAAAAUGAUGAGAGAUUUAAUGAAAGAGUUUCCACUUCUUAGUAUGUUGAAUAUUCACGAAAACCUUCUGGAGGCGCUGCUGGAAUUACAGGCGUAUGCUGAUGUCCAGGCAGUUUUAGCGAAGUAUGAUGAUAUCAGUCUUCCAAAAUCAGCAGCAAUAUGUUACACAGCAGCACUGUUGAAGGCCAGAGCUGUUUCAGACAGGUUCUCUCCAGAAGCAGCCUCCAGAAGAGGGCUCAGCACAGCAGAAAUUAAUGCUGUGGAAGCAAUUCACAGAGCUGUGGAAUUUAACCCUCAUGUCCCAAAGUACUUACUAGAAAUGAAAAGCUUAAUUCUACCUCCAGAGCAUAUUCUGAAACGAGGGGACAGCGAGGCAGUAGCAUAUGCUUUCUUCCAUCUUCAGCACUGGAAGCGGAUAGAAGGGGCCCUUAACCUGCUGCACUGUACAUGGGAGGGCACAUUUAGAAUGAUCCCGUAUCCGUUAGAGAAAGGCCAUCUUUUCUAUCCCUAUCCCAGCUGCACAGAGACAGCAGACAGAGAGCUCUUGCCAACGUUUCACGAUGUCUCCGUUUACCCACAGAAGGAGCUUCCUUUCUUCAUUCACUUCACGGCAGGGUUAUGUUCCUUUUCAGCAAUGCUUGCCGUUCUCACACACCAAUUCCCUGAACUCAUGGUCAUUUUUGCUAAAGCUAUUGCCUGGGUACCGCGGCUGCACUGCUGGGUCCAGGGAGCUGUGCCUGUUGCCAGGGAAACCGAUGGCAGUGCAGGGCUGUUUGACCUGGUGGACAGAACCGUCACACAGAAGACCGGUGCAGAAGCUGAAUAGCAGCAACUUGGGCUUCUCUGCACUUCGCCCCAAGCCCAUGCAGUGUAGUUGCAGUGACCCAAAAGCCUGCAGUUACAGCACGUGCAUGCCCUGCGUGGCUGCGUGCUGGAGCAGUGUGUCCAAGAAAGGCCUAGCUGGAGCAGUGUUUCCAAGAAAGGCCUAAGGUUCAGACAGGAGUUUCCAGUCACAUACAUCCAGAACUGGGGCAGGUGAAAUUCUGGAGAAGCCCAUGCAAUGCAAAUCUCUAUCCCAGCAGAAUUUCUGCCCCUUGCUCACUUCUAGUGCUGGCUGCUGCUCAGGGAACAUGCUGAUAACUUGGAGGGCAGGUGUGGGCAGCAGCAGCUGCCUGGUAAUACUGGGGGAUGAUUUCCUGAUAUUCCUGGGCCCUCAAUGCACCUUCUUUCCUACCGUUUGAGUAUAUGUGGUCAGAGUAUAACCAAAUCAAACCCACACUGCUUAGAGCUGGGCCUGGUGCUGUGAAGGGCCAUGGUGAUGGAAGGGUGGCAGAACUUGGGGAUGUUUGACAGGAGUUUCCUGAGGCCAGUAAAGCGAAUUCCAGUGGGCUGGCUUCCCCUCUGGUUGUUGGGGCUCCGUGCUACUAUAUUAGGCUGAAAAUCCCAGAGAAGUAGCCACCAGCCCCUUGCUUGGUGCUGAGUGACACACAGCAAUAAGCAGGCUUACAAAUGGCUGGGGUGUUCCCAGAGCUGGGCUGCCUGCGUGGGGCUCUUCUGACUCCUUGCCAGCAGCAGCCUGACAACUGCCAUUCACCAUUUUUUCACACCUGGACGUUUGUGCGCUUGGAUGGCUACAGGAUUCACAUCAGACUGAGCCUCCCCUGCCCUGUUGCCUGAGUCACCUCUGAUUUCCCAGGUGUACAGCACAGAGCCAGCCCCCUUCAUGUCCUUCCUGCUACCUACUGCAGCUCCCAUAAUCCCUUACUUCUCAGACUGCCCAAGUGGCAACUGUCUGCAAGCUGCACUUUCACAGUCACAGACUUUGCUGGUUGGGAAGAUCCUGUUUGACUUUUUAUUUUAAUUUCUUUCUUGUCAUGGGAAAUUCCACAGUAAACCCCCUCAAGGGCUGUUUUGCAACUCACUGGUUUGUGGGGCCUUUGAGGGCGGAGAGAAGGGAAUAAAUAUGGCUCUGAAACCUGGACCCUUCCCACAAAGCAAUGGAACAGCAGAAAACGCACAGCAUAUGCUGGAGGUUACCCUACAUUCUGCCUUGUUGGUGCAGCCCCAGCCUUGGUCCCAGCUGCAGGAGUUCAAAUCUUGCUCUUUGCUAGGCAGCCCUCUACAUGUGCAAGCUAAAGGCCAAGCAGUAACUGCAGUGUGGCAGUAGGCGUGUCGGUCCCAGGGUUUGAGAGACAAGGUGGGGGAGGUAAUAUCUUUUAUUGGACCAGCUUCUGCUGGGGAGUCAGUU